AUGGAUAAUCUACUCACACACAAAACGCCGACGGGCAUGGUCAUUGCGCAGGCAGUGGGAAUUACUACUAGUGUGUUUUUACUUGGAAGUAAUACAUGUCUCUCCGUAGUCGGUAUACCCGCAGCAAUGGAGGCGCCUGCUCCCCUUGCGGUAAAGCAAUGGCACAGCGUCUUCACCCGGGGUGGAGCUAUUGCUCGACCCCUCGCAAUUCUCUCUGCUCUAGCAACAGGAUACGUUGCUUAUCACCAAGACACGGGCUCCAUGGCUUUUCGCCUCAACCUUGCAUCUACCAUCCUCCUUCCCAGCAUUGUACCUUUUACGCUGCUGGUGAUUGCUCCCACGAAUGCUAAGCUCAUGGCUAAGAAAGACGAGCUUGCGUCUGCGUCGUUGGAAGACCAAGGUAUCGAGGCCAAUGCUGCAGAGGGUGAAACGGUACAUGAGCUGAUGGACUGGUGGGCCACACUCAAUAUGGCAAGGACAUUAUUGGUGGGAGUUGGCGCCGUGUGUACUGUGCUUGCAGCCGCAAGCAAGAGAGAGGUUGUGAGAUUUGGGGGUGCGGCGAUCCGGGGCGGAGCAAAUAGGAUGUAA